AUGGACCAUUGUUGCAAACGGACUUUCCACGGAGCAUGUCUUCGAUCGUGGGCAAAUGAGCAAACAUCGAUGGAUCACGAAGGUACCUGCCCAAUGUGUCGACAUAAAUGGCCAGUCGAAUUCGUCGAAGAGCUAUUUGAAGGAUACGAAGAAGAGCUUUUACAUGUGCAGCAUAAGUGUUCAUGUGACGAGAGUUCUUACUUAGGCUUGCUCUCUCCAAAUCUCUUGCAGGGGUUGUCUGAAGAGCAGAAGAGUAGCCUUCGUGAACUCAUCAAGGUUAUCGAGUGGCAGCACCAGCACAAUGAAGGCUAUCCGGAUCCAACGCAACGCCUCCUCAUUGUCUUCAUGAUGUGCCCCGAAGACUCUAUGGACAUUAAUCCUGGAGAAUUAUCCGCGGACCGCCAGUACGAAGGAAUGAAAUUAUUGUUGGAGUGGGCUUUACAUCACCUUGAAGAAUACGAAUCGCCGACUUCACAUUCGAAUUUCGCAUUGAUUCCUCGCCCGUCCAAUUACGACCACUUUGGCCCUGAGCCCUAUCUCGCCGAACUCACCGAGAUUUACAGUUAA